GUUGUUAUAAAUGAUUUUAUUUGGAGUAAUUUAAGUUAAGGCAAUAAAUUUUAAAAAAUAUCCCAGAACCCAAGCUUAUCAUUGCAAUCAUUUUACUGGGCCUGCGGCCAAUGAUGUGUUCGUGGCCAAAUUUUCAUUUUGCCCGCUUCGAUUUGCCACAGGUGUGGUGGCGCAAUAAUUUGUCAUUUUUCUUUCCGAAGGCUACUGCUACUGCUCCCUCUGGAGCGAAGGAACCUGCCAGUUGUGUGACAAUCGCCUCGGAGCUGAAAGACCCCAUACCGUGGCUAAUCGAUAAGUUGUGGCGAGUGGGGCACGAAACUGAAAGAACGGAUUACUCGAAAUGGAACUUUCUCCAAUGAUUGUCGUAUUGAUUAUGAUUUUCAAUGCCGCUGGUGGGAAAUGCCCAUCGGGCAAGCAGUGGAGCCCAAUGACAAAAAGGUGUAUAAAAUAUUAUUUCGGCUCAUACAUUAACAACUAUAAAAAAGGUGAGGCGAGACUAUUAAAAGUAAUGACAACUAAUUUUUAGUUUAAUCCCGGCAAAGCCCACAAAGCAUAA